AUGAGGAUAGAAGCCUACGCCACAGUACUGGAUAGGAACCCAAUCAUUCUAGGGCUUUCAUGGUUCAAAUGUUUCAACCCAGCCAUUGACUGGAUCAUUGGAAAGAUGCGCUUUUGUUGGGAUCAACUUCUACGAGCAAUCAAGACCCUUGCUAGUAAUAUCCCAGAAUACCUAAAUGCCUUCCUCUCUGUAUUCAACAAAAGCACAGCAGAACAAUUACCAGAAUGGAAACCCUGGGAUCAUGCAAUUGAUUUGGAAGCCAACUUCAAACCCCAACAGGGAAAGGUUUAUCCAUUAUCACUGGCAAAACUCAAAGAGUUAGACACCUUCAUCAAAGAAAACCUGUGGAAAGGAUAUAUUCGUCUAUCAAAGUCUCCUAUGGCAUCCCCAUUCUUCUUUGUCAAUAAGAAAUCAGGAGAUCUGCGACUAUAUCAGGACUACCGGAAACUCAAUGACACCACCAUCAAGAACACCUACCCAAUCCCAAGAGUAGGAGAUCUAUUGGAUUGUGUUGCCUCUGCCAAGUCAACUAUGUUUACCAAACUUGAUUUGCGCACAGGAUACAACAAUGUAUGGAUCAAAGAAGGUGAUGAAUGGAAAAGAGCUUUCAUUACUCCAUGA